AUAGAAAGGUGCUACAGACGGCUUGUACGUACAAGUCUGGUUUACUUGUGUAGUUGUAUAGUGUGGUCUCUCUGAGAAAAGGGUAUAGGGUUUUGCUUGCGCCUCAACUGUUAUUGUCUUUGCUCUCUCUCUUCCACUACUACUACUACUAGAAAACCAAAUUAAAUUAGCACAAUAAGAAGAACCAGAAAUUAAAAGAAAAAAGAAAUGUGGUACUUAUGCGUAUUUUACCACAGAUUGUUAGAUUACAGAAAACCAGAAGUAGAGUCACUUUCUCAACUUUUUGGAGUUUCAGAAUCAUCAUUAGAAUGGAAGCUUCCCCAAUAUCACCAUCCUGAUUCUCCUUUUCACUUUGUCAAUCUUCCCAAUGAAGAUAUAGCUCGAAACAUUGCCAAUCGAAGUAUACUUGUAAAGGGAAUGUAUGAAGUUUGGGGAGAAGGAAGUGACUAUGAGGAAUUGAAAGAGGCAAUAUUGAGAUACCCAGAUGACAGAAAAUUACCAUAUCUGAGUUCUGAAACUACAUUUAAGAUUACUGUUGAUAGCUUUGGAAAGGUGAUUAGUUUCCAAGAGCAAAAUGAUCGUAUUAAAGGGCUAUCUUAUAUCCCUUUCAAGGGUCGAGUUAAUUUAAAGAACCCGGAUCACAAGUUCUGGCUCAUGGAAACAGAUGAUUAUGGAGUUAAUAAUGGGCUGCCACCAGUUGUGCAAAGAAGAAUCUUUUUUGGACGGGAGGUUGGUGGUGCCGAUAGGAAGCUCAUACCAACUUAUCAGUUAAAAAGCCGCAACUAUCUUGGGCCAACAGCCAUGGAUGCAGAAAUGGCUUUCUUAAUGGCUAAUCAGGCAUUGGUCACACCAGGAAAACUUGUCUAUGACCCUUUUACUGGCACUGGAAGCAUUCUUAUUGCUGCAGCUCACUUUGGAUCAAUGACAAUGGGUGCUGAUAUUGACAUUAGGGUAGUACGUGAUGGACGUGGACCUGAUUGUAAUGUUUGGAGCAAUUUCAAGCAGUAUGGAUUACCUUCACCAAUUGGCCUUUUAAGGGCGGACAAUAACCUUCCUCCUUGGCGUUCUGGAUUAAAAGAGAUAUUUGAUGCUAUAAUCUGUGACCCUCCUUAUGGGGUUCGUGCUGGGGGACGAAAAUCUGGUGGCCGAAAAUUGCUGAAGGGAGCUGUGGGCCCUUACACUGUUCCUGAUGACAAGCGAACUGACCACAUACCUUCAACUGCCCCUUACAGUUUAGCAGAGUGCAUACAUGAUUUACUUGACCUUGCAGCUAGGAUGCUUGUAAUGGGGGGCAGGCUUGUAUGCUUUUAUCCUGUAUUGAGAGAAGACGAUACUGUUCAAGUUCAAUUUCCAGAGCACCCAUGUCUUAAAUUGGUUGCUUCUUCGGAACAGAUCCUGAGCUCACGUUAUAGCCGAGUACUACUUACCAUGGUGAAGAUUGGCCGAUAUACUGAUGAAAUUGCUGAAGCAGCAAGAUUAAAACACUUGGAGUUCAAGGAGAACCAUUUAAAGUGGUUAGAAGAGGGUAAUCUACAUUCUUCUGUUUUUAGUCCAGCUGAUUCUCAAAUAAAUGGAAUUGGUGAUUCAAAGGCAUUCAAAGAACUAAAACCAAAAUACAGAGGAAAAUAUGUGUAGUCUUACUGCAUCCAUAGGCUGACUUACUGUCUUUUAAGUUUUAGUGGCAAUUGCUAGCUCCGUGCAAUAGUAAACUUAUUUUACUUUCAACCCAAAAAAUGUAGAGUUGAGCAGGCAGUUAAAUGCAAAAUCAUUGAAAUCUAGGAUAAUAUUCAUUCCUCAUGGUUUUUAUGUAUUUUCUUUGAGGAAGAUAAUGUAUUUUUAUAUGAAUGUGAGGAUCAUCCUAAGGUUUGAUGUACUAUUAUGUAUCUUCACAUAUUUAUUCCUCUCUUUAUGGACAAAUAGAAGUUAUUAUGAACCUUUCUUUUCA